AUGCACAAUCGGAUCGGUUGGCUGGACUCUCCUACAUAUUUCCUCCUUGAUAUUGUCGAGGAGGCCGCGGAAUUCUCCUCGCUACCGAAUUAUUUAACACUUGCCGCCUCUACGACUCUCAAGAUUGUCAACGAGGGACAGAAUGCCAAAAACAACGUAGCUAAUCUGCGUGUUCUUGCACAAUCUGCCAUCGCGAUCGUCGCUCUGUUGUGGCGGUCCUCACGGAUUGCGGAAAGCUCAGAUAUCUGGCACCAGCAGACGCAUCAGCUUAUCCAGGAGCUUGUAACGUCGCUUUGUGGGAUUCUGGAGCUCGUUGAGGAAACAAAGAAAGGGAACAUCAUUUUUUCUAUCUUCAAAAAUCACAAGAGCGCAUCUCAGAUAAAGCGAUAUCGCAAUCGUUUGCAAUCUUGUAUGCUCAAGGUAGCCUCCCAUCCGGCCAUUCAGGACGUCCUAGGCUGUUUUACCUCGCCGGCGCCUUCUCCGAUGUCCGCUCCAGUGGUGAGGAAGAAGGUUAAGGUGAAAACGGGGCACACAUUCAGACAGGUGUUCAAGAUGCGCCCACCAUCCGCCGAUGACAGUGCCCAAGCUAGAGUGGCGGAACAGCUGGAGCGAUGGACGGAAAAAGAGGUCGAGGAGGUCGGGAUCAAGCGGCGGAAGGAGGCAUUAUGGUUGAGGGAGGAGAGGCGGCUCAGAAAGGACAAAAUCGGGCCAAAUCUAGUCGAGUCGUACGAAGAGGAAACGGAGAGGCAAUACGCCGGACCUUCAAGGCUGCGAGAAGGUAUAGAAGACCAAGUGAAGGCGAUUCCGACGUCGAGUCGUACAGCAUUCACCAAACAACGACAGCCCCGCAUAGAGGUGCUCAACAAUGAAGAGCCCAAGCCCAAGCCCAAGCUUCUUGAGCGGCAAUCAGGGUACGAGAACGACGGGUCAAAGGGCGAAUCCGAAGGCAGUCCGGACGGGUCUCUGAAUGUGAUACCGCACGGAGCUGGUCGCUCACAAGGCCCUCCUGAGUAUGCAGAAGACAGAGAGCUCUGGAGAGCAGGCAUGAGCCCUGCAGGCGGUGCAUAUUUCCCUCCUCCUUCUCCUGCCUCCUCGGUCGUCCACCUUAUCUAUCCCGUCGGGUAUCUACAGACGACGUCUAUCAUUGCCUUACCCGCAUCUGCGUCUGUCUCUGUGCCUUCGUUUUUCACCGCACCACCGAUGCAGCUUUCGCCACUGAUGGUGGCUGGCGGGAUGUAUCCCGCCGCGGUGCCGAUUUCAGUGGAUCAGAGCAGUGGAGGUGGUCCGAUCGCGACUACGAGCUACGGGAGUGUAGAUGACAGGGGUAACGUGCGAUCUGCUAGAAAACGUGAGUGGCUCUAUCACAGUGUUCAACCUCUUGCGGGUACUCGGUAG